AUGAUAAAGAAUUGUCUGGAUGACCACAUCCAAGGAGUUCCAGCCAAUGGCUCAAUGUCCAAGCGGAAAGCACCAGGGCUUCAGGUGGUCCUUGGGGGUGGCCCUGAUGGCUGUGGGAGGUGGAGAGGUUGCGUCACCAAGCACGACCACACCAAGCCCAAGGCCCAGGAGCUGGCCUUCCAUAAGGGCGACGUGGUCACCAUCAUUGAGGCCGUGGAGGGGGCGGGGGAGGAGGGGCUGGUGGCUGCCAGUGCGCUGCGAGAGCGCGGCGCCAUCCGCGUCGACCCCAAGCUCAGCCUCAUGCCCUGGUUCCACGGGAAGAUCUCAGGGGUGGAGGCGGUGCAGGAGCUGCAACCAGCUGAGGACGGGCUGUUCCUGGUGCGUGAGUCCAUCCGGCACCCUGGCGAUUAUGUGCUGUGUGUGAGCUUUGGCAAGGAGGUGAUCCACUACCGCGUGGUGCACAAGGAGAACACUCUCAGCAUUGACAGCCAGCAGUAUUUCUCCAACCUCAUUGACAUGAUCGAGCACUACAUGAAGGAGCAGGGAGCCAUCUGUACCAAGCUGGUGAAGCCCAAACCGAAAACCGGGAUGAAGUCAGCUGAGGAGGAGUUGGCCAAAGCCGGCUGGUUGCUGAACCUGCAGCAACUCACACUGGGAGACCGCAUCGGGCAAGGCGAGUUCGGAGAUGUCCUGCAAGGCGAGUAUAUGGGGCAGAAAGUGGCUGUGAAGAACAUCAAGUGCGAUGUCACUGCCCAGGCCUUCCUCGCUAAAGCGGCUGCCAUGACGAAGGUCCGGCACAAAAACCUGGUGUCUUUGCUUGGCGUGAUCCUGCACAACGGCCUCUAUAUUGUCAUGGAGUUCAUGAGCAAGGGCAACCUGGUGAACUUCUUGCGCACACGAGGCCGAGCGCUCGUCCCGACCCAGCAGCUCCUCCUGUUUGCUCUGGCAUGGACUGACGUGGCCCAGGGCAUGGACUACCUGGAGUCCAAGAAGCUGGUGCACCGGGACCUGGCUGCCCGCAACAUCCUCAUCUCUGAGGAGAACGUGGCCAAAGUGAGUGAUUUUGGCUUGGCCCAGGUCAAUCCCAAGGGUGCGGAUGCCAGUUUGCUGCCUGUGAAGUGGACGGCCCCAGAAGCCCUGAAACACAAUAAAUUCUCCUCCAAGUCGGACGUGUGGAGCUACGGGAUCCUCCUGUGGGAAGCCUUCUCCUUCGGCCGAGCACCCUACCCCAAGCUGAGCCUGAAGGAGGUGACAGAGCUGCUGGAGCAGGGGUACCGCAUGGAGCCCCCCGAGGGCUGCCCACCCACUGUCUAUGCCCUGAUGAGGAGCUGCUGGGAGCUGGAGCCAGGCAAGCGGCCGUCCUUCAGAAAACUCACCGAGAAGCUGCAGAAGGAGCUGAAACACCUGAGGGAUGUUUAACCCCCAUCCCUCUCCCAGGACCUGUGGCCAGAAGCCCC